AAUCCGCCCUCACUAAUCGCAAUCAAACCGGCCGUUUUAUUCCGCUCCGCUCCGCCCCCGCUCCUCUUCUCUCCCCGCGUCUCCGCACACCUCUGCACCACCACCGACCACCGUCACCUUCAGCCGAAGCCGCCGAGCUGAGUCCUCCAACCUCACGCACGCACGCGCCAUCUCAUCACCGGAUCAUCAUCAUCAUCAGCCUACAGCUCUGCCACCUUCCUCUCCGCGCCCGCGCCCGGCUUGUCGCCAUGGCGACGACAGCGCACGGCGGCAGGCUCCUCGAGGCCCUGCUCUUCUCGGCGCUGCUGCUCAUCCUGGCACGCCCUUCCGCCGCAGACGGCACCACGUCGUACCCGGCCGACUGCCCGUACCCGUGCUUGCCUCCACCCACGGCGCCCGCCGUCGGCACCACCAACUGCCCGCCACCGCCAGCGCCGUCAUCGUCGUACUUGUACCCGCCGCCAUCGUCCUCCUACAACACGCCGCCGUCGUCCUCCUGGAGCUACCCGCCGCCGCCGGGGGGCUACAUUCCUUACUUCCAGCCUCCUCCGGCGGGAGGUGGCGGUGGCGGUGGCGGUGGCGGUGGUGGAGGUGGGGGGUUCGGCUACCCGGCGCCGCCGCCGCCCAACCCCAUCCUGCCGUGGUACCCCUGGUACUACAAGACGCCGCCGCCGUCGGCGGCGGCGAGGGGGAUCAGUUCUAGUGUUCUUGGCUUGUCGGUAGCCGCUGCCCUGCUGAUCAUGGCUUAUUAGCCGCAGGUAGCUACCACCUGUUCGUUUUGCUUCUUCGAUCGAUCUUCUCCUAGCUCCCCGCAGCAGGUCCUUUCUUUCUUUCUUUCUUUCUUUCUUUCUCUCCUUCUUCUUUUGGUAUAAUUUAUUCCGCAGGAUUAUAUUCAGAAAUAUAUAACGAGACAUGCAGCAUUAUAUUAUAUAUUAUAUAUAUUGUAUC